AUAAAAGGGUGAUUCUUUUUUGAGGCAGUUUACAGAAGUCUCUUGCCAAACUACUCCGAAACCAUGAGUCUCUCUGCCAAGGACAAAGAUGCCAUCAAAGCCUUCUGGGCCAAGAUUGCCCCAAAGGCCGAAGACAUCGGUGCUGAUGCUCUGUUCAGGAUGCUGACUGUUUACCCGCAGACCAAGACCUAUUUCUCCCACUGGAGUGACUUGAGCAGUGGCUCUGCCCAGGUGAAGAAGCAUGGAAAGACUGUUAUGUCUGGUGUGGAAGAAGCUGUCAGCAAAAUCGAUGACCUGACCAAUGGGCUGCUUAACCUGAGCGAGCUGCACGCUUACCAGCUACGUGUUGACCCGACCAACUUCAAGAUCCUAUCCCACAACUUGCUCGUUGUUCUGGCCACAAUGUUCCCCACUGACUUUACUCCUGAGGUACACGUGUCUAUGGAUAAGUUUCUCGCUGCCGUGUCCCUGGCUCUCUCUGAGAAGUACAGAUAAGAAGCUCUGCAGGCAACAGAUGGACACCCACAUGCAUCUGUCUUUCUCAGAUCCAGUAAAUGUCCUUGAUUGAUCUAAAUAAAAGCCAAAAAUAUUUUUGGCCUGCUAUUGGAAAUAAGACAA